AUGGCCUUGCGACGCUCGGGGGGUCAGCUCUGUAGGAGCAUCUCCCAAGCUGCUUCACCUCGAAUUGCGCUACCCCAGAUCGCCGGCCAAAGACGACAUCUGGCCACUCCCGCCCCUCCCGUCACACAGGAUGCCACUGGAUCCAAGGGCCCAACUGCCAUGGUCUUCCUAAACAUGGGAGGACCAUCCACCACCGACGAAGUUGGCGACUUUCUCAGCCGGCUUUUUGCCGACGGCGAUUUGAUCCCCCUGGGUCGUCUACAGUCUUACCUAGGGCCCUUCAUUUCUAAAAGACGAACGCCCAAGAUUCAGAAGCAAUAUGCCGCCAUUGGUGGUGGAUCGCCCAUUCGGAAAUGGUCGGAAUACCAGAACGCUGAGAUGUGCAAGAUCCUCGACAAAAUCUCCCCCGAGACAGCGCCUCACAAGCCAUAUGUCGCUUUCCGAUAUGCCGAUCCCUUGACUGAGGAGAUGUAUCACCAGUUGCUUCAGGACGGGUUUGGCAAUGGCAAGGGGGGGCGGGCCGUCGCGUUCACCCAAUACCCCCAAUACUCGUGCUCUACGACCGGGAGUAGCUUGAAUGAGUUGUGGAAGUGGAGGCAUAGGCUUGAGGGCAAGACAAACCAGGACUCUCCCCCCGGCGCCAUCAAGUGGAGUGUGAUUGACCGCUGGCCAGCCCAUAGCGGCUUGGUUGAGGCUUUCGCUCAGAACAUUGAGGCGAAGUUGGCAGAAUACCCUGAGGAGCGACGCAAGGAUGUCGUGCUUCUUUUCUCUGCGCAUAGCUUGCCAAUGUCGGUUGUCAAUCGAGGCGACCCGUACCCCAGCGAAGUUGCGGCUACUGUCUAUGCAGUUAUGCAGCGCCUCAAGUUCUCGAACCAGUAUCGGUUGUGCUGGCAGUCGCAGGUCGGCCCAUCUGCUUGGUUGGGACCUCAAACCGCCAGCACCGUAGAGGAAUACAUCGCCAAGGGCCAAAAGGACCUUGUUCUCAUCCCAAUCGCCUUUACUUCCGACCACAUCGAAACGCUGUACGAGCUUGACGAGGAGGUCAUUGGGGAGAGUGGCCAUGCCGACACUGUAAAGCGAGCAGAGUCGCUCAACGGUAGUCCGGUCUUCAUCAGAGCUCUAGCCGACAUCGCCGUGGCGCAUUUGAAGGAAAAUCAGGCCUGCUCCCACCAGAUGGGUCUCCGCUGCCCUGGUUGCCAAAGCGCGAAGUGCGCAGAGUCCAAGCGGUUUUUUGCCAGCCAACAAACUAAUCUCUUGGCUUGA